CAAAUUUUAAUUUUUAUUUAUUUAUGGCAGACGCAUUCCUGUGUGAUCAUGUGGUACCAAUUUAUCUAUAACAAUAACUGACUGAGCCUGCUGAAUGCUAGGUUUUACAUUGCGGUUUUAUCAUUAGUAAUCUAAACUAUUGUGACGCACAGUGAGUCAUUGAGUACAAAUUUGUUAAAAGAAGUACUUUCGACUUGGUAGGCAGUUUGUGGUGAAUGACCCAGUGUCUUAUUGCUUGAAUAGUAUUUCUCAUAAUCUACUCAUUUUUAACUCAGAAAUUUUCUAUCCGAAGCCAAAAUGUCGAUCUAUCCGAGUUUAGAAGAUAUGAAGGUGGAUCAGAUUCAUAAGGCCCAACAACAGAUUGGAUCUGAAUACAACACCCAACCUUUAUACAACCCUGGCACCUAUAAUGCAGGAGCCACUUCCGCAGAUGUGGGUCAUGUCUAUCCAUCACUUGGAAACUAUAUGGGACUGGAACUAAGUGAGGAAGUCAUAAGAGAAAAUAUGCCUGAAUAUAUGCACACUGUGUCCAUUUAUCAACAGUCGCCUGUUGUUCUUGCUGGCACUACAAGCAUGGUUGCGCCGAUUUCUGGACUUUCUAAGGGGCUACAAAGAGCUCAGGUUACAAAUGGUGUUCGGGAAGUUGUUCUUUGUAAGGACAAGGACAAUAAGAUUGGCCUGAGAGUGAAGGAAAUCAACAACGGCAUUUUCAUAGCCUUAGUAGUCGAAAAAUCACCAGCAGCCCUUGCAGGACUAAGAUUUGGUGAUCAGAUUCUGCAAGUUAACGAUCAAAAUGUUGCAGGAUUUUCAAUGGAUAAGGUGCACAAAAUAUUCAAGGCUUGCCCAGUAAAUGGGAUCAAAAUUGUACUACGCGACAGGCCAUUUGAGAGAACAUUGACUUUGCACAAAAAUAGUACUGGGUGCUUAGGAUUUCAAUACAAAAAUGGCAAAAUAACUACGAUCAUUAAGGAUUCUUCUGCUGCCAAAAAUGGGGUUCUAAUCGAUCAUCAAUUGUUGGAAGUUGAUGGGCAGAAUGUGAUUGGAUUGAAGGAUAAACAGAUUAAGGAGAUUAUUGAAAAGGCUGAUGGUGUUGUCACCAUUACUGUAGUGCCUAGCUACAUUUAUGACCAUAUGGUACAGAAAAUGGCUGGAUCUCUACUGAAAAAUUUGAUGGAUCACUCCAUAUUUGACAUCUAAACUGGGCCAUUAUAAUCUAUUAUUUUUCUAUUUCCCAUUUAAUCAGUGCCAUCUAUCUGAUAGGUAGGUUUUUGUUAUAUUUUUAUAUUCACCUUUUAAAUGUAAGUUGUUUUUGUAUCCUAUAUUAUAUACUCACAAUUUAUACAAGCCAAAUUAGAUCCUAAAAAUAAUAUGAAGUGCAAUAUUUCAUGUCUGUCGGAACUUCCUUUUAUUUAGAAAUAUGGAUGUGAUUGUUUAGCAAUAAUUAAUAAUGUUUUUUUUUUCACUUUUGUCAAAACUAUUGAAUGGAAUGAAAUCUUUGUAGGUAGUUUUAACUUUUAUUUAUGUAUCAAUGACUAUCACUUACUUAGGCCAAGUAGCAUAUUUGUGUUUUUGUUUUUGAAAGUUGAAGUACAAUGUGAUACUUAGACAAAGUUAUAUACUAUGGGACCAAAGUAUCUUCUCCCCUCACUUUACUUCCACUAUUUUUGUCGCUUUCUUACGUGCCUAACUGGGUAACAGUUUACCUUUGUCCACAUAUUAAGUUGUACAUCAACUGUAAAGUACGUAUUUAGCCAAAUUGUGUCGCACUGUAUUUUCAAAAUAGGUAAAUCUGGGGAAACUGUGUUUCCUAUUUUAACGUAAUGAAUGCUACCAACUUAAUGCUAAAAGCUACCUUGCUUAAAAUAAUUAUUUAUUUACACAGUAGAAUGAAAUUGGAAAACUCCAAUUAAAAAUUGUUAACUUUUAAUUGACCAUUAAUAUUAUGAAAUAUUGAUGUAGAUACCUAAAAUUUCAACUCGAGCUUGGCCAGAAAUCUUGUCGUUACCUCGUUUAGUUUGAAGAUUGCAGACUUUGCAUAGUUUUUGCUGUUGAACAAUUUGCCUUACUCCCAUGAUAGUUGUUUAGCAUUAGGUUAGUAGUUAUCAGUAUCUGGAAAGUAGGUACCUACGGUAUAUGGUGUUAUAAAACAAAAAUAAUUAGUUUUCAUUAAUUAUUCAGUCUGUUUUUUUUAUUAGUAAACAUCGAAUUAAACAAACUAAAAUCAGUCCUCACUCAGAUUUACCAUAAGGCACAAUCUUCAUGACAUUAUUUUAUAUUCUACUUAAAUAUUAUGUACUAGCAAAGCAUUUAUUUUAGUAUAGUUAAUAAAUAUGUAUUAUGUAUUACA